AUGACCGACCUUAUCGACCCUGCCCUCUACCUUCUCGCCCCGAGCAACGAGGUUCAUCCUACGAAUGCCGUCCCCAUGCUUCUGUCCCCGGAUCCUUUUCCGGAACCCUCCGCUGUGGACCGCCCCGUUUCGGAGGAUCCACACCGGCGACCGGCUCCGGCCGCCUGCUCCCGGUCGAUCGAUGCCAUACCAAACCGUCCCUCACUCGAAUUGGACCCCGAUCUUUUAUAUUCCGAUGGGGAAGGAGAAGUCAUUCGGGAGAAACACAUCGAUGAUGCUGUAAACCAGGCUCCUCUGAGCCUCGCUCGCGUCGUCAUCAAUAUUCAGGAACACUAUGCGUCGGAGCUCGAAGCGGAGAGACGAACGACAGAACAGUUACUGGCGCAGAAUGAAAUAAUGAAGCAAAAGAUGGAUGAGAUGGAAAAGAGGAUUGAGAUGCAUGUCAUCAUCAUGGAUGGCUUCGUAGGGUUUAUGAGGGACGUCAAAGAGGGCAGGUUUGCUGUUGGUGAGAGGGCGGCUCUGACAGAGUUGACGAUUGCAAAACACCUGGGGUGUGAACAUGCUGAAGAAGUUGAGGCACUAGCUUCAAAGACUCGGCCUGAGCCGCGACUCGCUCAUCCUCGUGUAGAGCGCCCAAGGCUCAAUGAGCAGACUUGGCCUAGUUAUGACGAGGAACUACAAGAAGAACCGCUUAUGCUGGAGGACACUACUACUCAGAUCACGUCGCAGUGGGUCGACAGUGUAGAGGAUUCCUUUGAUCAAUUACCACCUACACCUGACAUGGACACGGCUCCUGUUCGGAGCACUGGACGUCGAGCACCACGAAGGAGGAAUCUACCCUUACGAGCGAGGCGCCAAGCAAAGCGAAGCAUGAGGGCAGCAUCGCAACGAAACCCCAGACUCGAAGAAGCCGCGACGUGGACUGCCAUCAAUGUAUCAGAUAGCGAUCACGAUACAGCACAGUCGUCGACGCCACACUUUCACCUCAGGGCAGUCCCAGAGCAAGAGGAAGACGAUGGGGACUUUGACCAUGAUCCUGCACAUGACGACUAUGAGGAAGACGAGCAUUCGACCCUUGUUGCAUCUCGCUCCUCGACGCCCUCUUCCUCGGCGGAAUCCCCUCCACCUGCGGAAGGCUAUAAACCUCGCUACUCCGUCCCUCGAUCCGUUGGCUACCGGUACGCCACUGGUCCUCCAGGUCGGCGCUUCAAAUACCACCGCAUGCCAAAAACAGUGGCUCUCGUCUGGACAGAAUGGAAACACGGGCUCCACGGCAACCCAGCUAUCGAAGAGCUUGAGCGCAAUCACGGCACCACUUGGAGGCUUGGCACAUUGCAGGAGCGCAAGUAUGCAAGCAACUAUGUUGGUGUGCGGCAGAAGAUUGUGCGUAAAGUUGACGAGAUGUGCGAAGAGGGGGAGAUCGGGGUUGAGGAGGCUUGUUCGAGGUUGGAUGAGAGGGUUGAUGGGAGGAUGCAGCUUUUGAUGGCAGCUUUGAGGAAGGGGGAAGAUCCGCUUGAGGUGAUUCCAAUUAGGAGGAAGAAUGGAGCUAGAUAG